AUGAUAAAAAACCAUCCAUAUCUAGUGAAUCUCAGGGCGUGCUGGCAGGAUGAGAGGUCGAUGUACAUGCUGAUGGACUUCGUCAACGGUGGGGAGCUGUUCACCGUGAUCAAAAAUUGGAAGAUACCAGAGGUGCAGGGGCAGCUGUGGGUCGCAGAGCUGAUCCUGGCAAUCGAGCACCUGCACUCGAAAAAGGUGGCGCAUCGGGACGUCAAGCCUGAGAACGUGCUGCUGGAUAGACUGGGCCACUUGGUGCUCACGGACUUCGGAUUCGCCAAGGUGGCCGACCCGCUUCUGUGGACUAAGUGCGGCACCUACGAGUACAUGGCACCAGAGGUGGUCCAGAAAACGGGGCAUGGGUGCGCUGUGGACUGGUGGGCAUUGGGCGUCCUAACAUAUGAGUUGUUCUCGUGCGACGUGCCCUUCCACGCUGACACGAAAGAGAGCGCUUACAAUAAGAUUGUGAAGGGCGAGUACAGUAUUCCGAGUUCCUUUCCUGCCGAGGUCCAGGAUUUGAUCAGGAAUCUCUUGAAGGAAGAGUCGCGGCGACUGGGAUGUAUGGAGGACGGCGUCGCGGGCAUCAAGAAGCACCCAUGGUUCAGCACGAUCGACUUCAACGAGGUGCUUCACCGAAGAGUUCCGAGCCUCUGCCGCCCCAAAGUGAGUUCCGCAGAAGACACGUCGCGGUUCAAAACAUACUCGGAGAGCGAUUUCGACGACCCGCCGGCCUUGUCGGUGGAGCAGCAGGCAUUGUUUGAGUUCGAUGUCUGCGAAGGCCGCACGAAAUGGGACGAUUCCAGUGAGCGGUUUCUGCCAGGCUACGGAUGUUGCAGCACUGGUGGCCGCAAGCAGGACCUGGUGGAGUUCGCCGAGGUCAACCACAGAUGA